AACAGAAAAGGACCGAACAUGAAUGAACAAUUCACUGUCGCACAAAGCAAAAAGAAUCACCAUGAUGUUGUUGGCAAGAAUUUUUCUUGUCCGAGCAAUCAAAUGGCAAUGGUCAACAUUCUAGGGCCUCAAGAGAGCAAUUUUAUCAACGAGUCUCGUCAAGGAAUGAUAAUGCCAUCUCACGUUGUCUCAUUACGCUCUACAACAAAACAACCAAAAGGCAACCAGAACGCUGCACAUUCUUCAGAACCUCAACAAUGGGUGGACUCGCACGACUUGUUUGUCGUUGGCCGUCAAGAAUACCGCCACCAGAUUUCAUCCAAUCAGCAUGCUCCAUCUCGAAGUGCUGCAAAUUCGAAUGUCACUUUUUGCGAUGCAAAAGGACAGGAUUCCCACAGUUUGAAGCAACCUUAUUUUGCUAGCCAUUGGAGCAACUUGCCAGGCAUGAACGACCAAACGAGUUCUCACAUUAGGCCAAGAAUGAUAUCAGAUUCGGAGCAAGAGUCUCAGACGGAAACGAAGCAUCACUAUGAUCUGAUCAGCAACAGCAGAACUAUGUCCCUCACUUCUGCGUUGCGUUCGCAAGCGAUUGCCAUUCAGCCCAGUGCGACAUGCCAUCCAACAGACUUAGAAGAGCAAAACACCCAGCAAUCUGAAAUGAUUUACGAUCAAGCUACCUGGCGGAUGUAUAAUCGAAUUGUGGACCACCGAAAGAAUCAAAUUCAAGGAGACGACGCUCAGCAGGCUCAUGCGACUUCGGACAACUUGCAACGGUCACUACAAGUGCUCAACAACCUCAAUUUUGACGUCAGCGACAAUGAUGGCUCUAUUUAUCUAGCAGAUGAUGGAGAAAUCUUUGAACUCGACAUGUAG